UUCAUUGGUAAAGGAGUGCGGUUUGAAAUGGACUCAGAUGGCCAUAUAUGGGCUUUACGACUGACGAAAAAUCACGUGUAUGUUAAUGGUUGGCGCCAACCGCAGUCUCAUUGCGUUACAGCAGAGGUAAUCAAACGAGGCGGACGGCUACCAUAUGGAGAGCCUAUCAAGGUGUUCGACAUGGAUGAAUUCAAGAUUCGCCUAGCUAUGGAACAACAAACUGAGCCAGAUCUGAUGUCGAUACAGAAUUUCUGUGUUCUGUUUCUCAGUUUUAUCAAAACAGAUGAAGUUAUUGAGAAGACGCCAUGUUGGAUAGCAUUGACAGUGCUUCCCGCAUUGAAUCGCAAACUCAGCGACCCUGAAGUGUUGGAAGAAAUUGAAGAGAUUCGAGCAGAGUACAGAACAGCCAAAGAAAUACAAGAGGAAGCUCUAAGAAUUACCAAGAAAAGACAAUGGGCCAAACUGAAUCUUCGGUCUUCAAACUUUGAGAAAGAAAAGAAGAAAGAGGGCAGAAAAGCAAAUUUGGAAGCACGACAAAAGGCUAUUUCAGAGGGGUUGCCAUGGAGAUUCAGCUGGGAGAAAGAAGAAGAAAGUGGGAGUGAUGCAAGUGACGAGCAGUCAGAGUCAAAUAGCAGUGCGAUGGAGUCAACGUUAUAUGCCAGUGAAAGUUCUGAACAAGAAUUACGACCCUCUAACAUACGGAGAGCUGCAAUGAAUAAACUAAGUGAAAAAAAUCCUGGUUUGGUCACACGACGGAAUUCUCAGUUCGCUCGGCUGUUGCUAAACGAAACUAAGGAGGUUUACUAUACGUCAGACCACAGUGGGCAGAAAAUAGAGAAAAAACGUCAAUGGGCUAAAGUCAGUGAAUUAAGAAAAAGACAAGAUGAGACCGAUUUUUCGAAGUGAACAGGACUGGUAUUUUGGGGAAUCCUUGCCUUUUAGUGUUUUCUACAUUCAUGAAUAUGCAUAUCUGAUUUUGGCAGUGCUGAUUGACAACUGGCUGUACUGAAGUACUAGUACUUAAAAUCUGUAUUAGAAACUGUGACUUCUAUUGAAAUGGUACAAUGCAACAGAGGA